UCGUCCUAAUCUGUCCUCAGACUUCACAGAAAUUCAUUAGCUGAAAAACAGUGAUAAAAGCAAUAUCACAUUUGUCAGAUAAUUUGCUUUUAAAAAGCUAGCUAGUUUGAUCACUUUUAAACGUUUGUAUAUAAACUAACGAUUGUAAUCUAAUUUCGUUCUCCUUCUCUGUUUCAAGCAAUAGGAUUAUGACUGUGGGUGUGUAGAGAUUAGGUGGACACUUCACAACAUUAUCUCCAUUUGAAAUGCUUGUAAACACAUGAAUGAUGUUAGACAUUGUCUGGCCGUCAGAUUUAAUCCUGUAAUCUUUAUGGAUGAGGACACAACAAGAGAGAAAGUGAUGAGACAUAACAAUAUCAAGCAAAAAAAGUAGAAACCGUUCGUAUGAACUCAUGACUGAUUUUCAUGGGAUUUAGAUCUAUUCUGACCAUACAGAAGAUCUUGUCAUGGUGGACCUGUUCUUGGGGAAGGUUUUGGUGAAAAACAACAAAGACAAAGAUGAGCUGGACACCGAGCGUGAGAUCGUCCUGCGGCUCCAGAACCGCCUCCUCAUGCUGUUUUUUGCUUCUGGAGAAUGUGAGCGGUGUCAGGACUUUGCUCCAACGCUCAAAGACUUUUACAAGAAACUAACAGAUGAGUUUUACGUGGAGCGCUCGGCCCAGCUGGUUCUGCUGUACAUCUCUCUGGAUUCAUCAGAGGAACAGCAGGAGAAGUUCCUGAAGGAGCUGCCCAAACGCUGCCUGUUCCUGCCAUAUGAAGAUCCUUACAGGAAUGAGCUGGCAGUGAUGUUUGAAGUGCACGAUCUGCCCAGCGUGGUGGUGUUACGUCCAGAUUGCUCCAUUCUCUCGCCGAACGCCGUGGCAGAAAUCUGCACCCUGGGACCGGACUGCUACCGCAACUGGCAGGAAGGGGCGGAGCUAAUCGACAGGAACUUCAUGAUGAAUGAGGAAUAUGAUGAGGGCAAAAUGCGCAGUAUGACUGACCCCUUCAGACGACUCAAAUACAAGGUGGAAGACAAGAAGAAAAAGAAGGAAGGGAGGAGUGCAGAGGAAGACAUGGAAGAUGAUGGAGGAGCGCCGUGGUAAAAAUUUUACAACUGAAAACAUCUGCACUGGAUCAUCUGACCUGCCUCAUUGUGAUUGGCUGACUGAUGCUUUUAUAACAUUAGUGAUGUGGACAGAUGUAAGGAGGACAGCUACCAUUAACUGUAUCUAUAAAUCAGUAUAUGGACAGAUACUUGAGAUCAAUUUCUCAUUAGAUUCAUUAUUAUUAAUCAAAUAUUUCUGAAAGUAUUUUAACUCAUUUUUUUUUAUUUUUAGGAGGUAAUUAAAUUUAGGAUUAUACUAUUGUGAGGAUCAUUCUUCAUUUGCAGUGUUUUUAUUGUUCAUUAAACUUUAAAAUUACAAACAAAAUUGUGUG